AGCCCAUUCUCUUUAUUAUUCUUCUUCUCUCUCAUCAUCCCCAAAUGAGCAAUGCAAUUGGAUUCAUCUGCGCUCCUACUCACUGGUUGUCUCUUCCUGUCCCAUCCCUUGUGCAUUUCCAGACGAACCUCAAUUCUCUAUCUUCUCCCUUCUCGGGAAGCUCAAUAGUCCUCGCCGUCUCACUUCCUGCAUCGAAAUCCCGUUUUUACGCCUCAAUUACCAAAAGCAACUCGUCGAUGGCAGCAUCUAUACAAGCCAGUGCUUAUUCCUCUACUAUCGGUUCAGAAAGUGACAAAUUAAAGAUGUCAUCGUCCAGCUUGGUUGGACCAAACGACCUGUUAAUUGUUGGGCCAGGUGUUUUAGGCCAACUAGUGGCUGAAGAAUGGAGAGAGCAACACCCUGUCUGUCAAAUCUUUGGGCAAACAUUCACUACUGACCACCAUGAUGAGUUGAUCAAAAUUGGGAUCAAUCCUUCCUUGAAGGGAAAACUAUCAGAUCGGAAAUUCCCAUACGUGAUAUUCUGCGCUCCUCCAUCCCGAUCUCCUGACUAUCCUGAUGAUCUCAGGGAAGCUGCCUCAAGCUGGAACGGCGAAGGCUCUUUCCUGUUCACAUCAAGUUCUGCACCAUAUGAUGUCUCUGAUAAUGGACCUUGUGAUGAGGACAGCCCAGUAGCACCUAUUGGAAAGAGCCCUAGGAGUGAUGUACUGUUAAAAGCAGAAAAGGUGGUGCUUGAGCAUGAUGGUUGUGUUCUCAGAUUGGCUGGACUUUAUAAAAUAGAUAGAGGAGCACAUCAUUAUUGGCUGGAGAAAGGGACAGUUGACGUUCGUCCAGAUCACAUUCUCAAUCUGAUACAUUACGAGGAUGCUGCAUCCCUCUCUGUGGCAAUCUUGAAAAAGAAGCUUAGAGGCCGCAUUUUUCUAGGGUGUGAUAACCAUCCCUUAUCCAGGCAAGAGAUAAUGGACUUGGUUGAUAAGAGUGGAAAAUUCGAAAAGAAGUUCAACAAAUUUACAGGCACUAAAGACACAUUAGGCAAGAAACUAAGCAACAGUAAAACCCGUAAAGAAAUAGGAUGGGAGCCAAAGUAUCCAAGCUUUGCUAAUUUCCUCGGUGUAUCUGAAUAGUUUAUUCAUUUUGUCAUAUUUUUAGUCUUCUUUUCCCUUGUGUUCUCAGAAUAACAAGUCUUUCUAUAAUGAGUUGGUAAAAGGGGUAUUGCAAUGAAGUCUUCAUUUAAUUAGUUAAUAAGUCCGGUUGGUUCAUAGGAUUGUCUUUUUCUAUUGGACAUUCAAAUAAAGGCACCUUUGGAGAUGUUUUUAAAUCAAUCAAUUUGUAAUAUAAUAUAUAUCAUUAUG